AUCUCCUCUUCUGCUUCAUACUGAAACCAUAGCUGCUGCUCAAAGUUGCCAGCUUUCCCUCAAGGCUUACCUGCUUCUGGGAAAAAGAAAUACUGUGGAGAUGCCUUCUCUUCUGCAUGUACAUGUACACCCAAAUCAGCCUAUUUCUUUUCCAGGCAUUUCGGGUUUUCCUUUAUUGCAACCAUCAAGAACAUCAGCUACUACUAAUUUCAUGCGAGGUACUGCUGUGCCUCAGAUCUUGUAUAAAAGAGAAGCAUCUCUCUUUCUGCAAAAUGAGUUGAACAACACAAGGUCAAAGAAACUGGUCGCCAUUGCUCCCAGAUGUAGCAGUUCCACAGACUCCAAUGAUAGUAAAGAUCAAACUAAGACACCGUUCGGGUACACAAGAAAGGAUGUUCUAUUGAUUGGUCUUGGAGUCACUGCCAUUGGAUUUGGUUUGAAAAGUGGAUUGGAGUUUGUGGGAGUUGAUCCUUUACAGGCAGGAAAUGUAGUUCAGUUGGUAAUGGUUUUGGGUCUCACAGUUGGAUGGAUUUCAACAUACAUCUUUAGAGUAUCGAACAAGGAAAUGACGUACGCUCAACAAUUACGUGACUAUGAAGUCAAAGUCAUGGAGAAACGGUUAGAAGGUUUGACAGAAGCAGAGCUGGUAGCAUUGCUUGAACAAGUUGAAGAAGAGAAGCGACAGCAAGCAAGAGGAGAGCAGGUUAACUGAAGCUGAAGCUCUUUACACUCUAGUAUCCACUAUUAAAUUUUGAUAGGCUGGAUAAUGUGUGGACUUGUAUAUUUUCGUUACCAAGCAAGUAUGUCCCAUUGCAGCAUCACUGUAAAUGUGACAUGUAUGAUUAGUGAAAAGGAGAUACAUACAUGAUCCA